AGCUAGUAAAAGUGAAGGUGGAAGACCGUUAGCGUCCCGGGGGUAUAUCCGUGGAGGGCACGGGAGGAGCUCUCAGAAAAAAUGCCGAACAAGUCCAAAAAAGAUAAGGAAUCCUCAAAGUCUGGGAGGUCAAGCAAAAGUGGGAGUAAAAACGACAAUCACAACUCUGAAAAUGAGGGCACCACCAUGAGGGGUAGCAGUGGCACCCCUCCCACUGCCCAGCUUCUGCGGGUGAAGCAGCCAUUGUCAUCAUCACAAGCCACACUCAAGAAGGAGCGUCGCCUGAGCAACUCGUGCUUUCCCAUCAGCAACAACCGAGAGCUGCAAAGGCUGCCGGCCUUCAAAGAUGUAGCCCCGGCGGAGCAGGAGAAGCUGUUCAUCCAGAAGCUGCGGCAGUGCUGCGUGCUGUUUGACUUUGUGUCCGACCCCCUAAGUGACCUGAAAUGGAAGGAGGUGAAGCGGGCGGCGCUGAGCGAGAUGGUGGAGUACAUCACCCACAACCGCAACGUCAUCACCGAGCCCAUCUACCCAGAGGUGGUGCACAUGUUUGCUGUGAACAUGUUCCGUACGCUGCCCCCCUCAUCAAACCCCACAGGGGCCGAGUUUGACCCUGAAGAGGACGAGCCCACUCUUGAAGCCGCAUGGCCGCACCUCCAGCUUGUCUAUGAAUUUUUCCUUAGGUUUUUAGAAUCUCCUGACUUUCAACCCAAUAUAGCUAAGAAAUACAUUGACCAGAAAUUUGUCAUGCAGCUUUUAGAAUUGUUUGACAGUGAAGACCCACGAGAAAGGGACUUCCUGAAAACCACCCUCCACCGGAUCUAUGGCAAGUUUCUCGGCCUGAGAGCAUACAUCCGGAAACAAAUCAAUAAUAUAUUUUAUAGAUUCAUUUAUGAGACAGAGCACCAUAACGGAAUAGCUGAAUUGCUGGAAAUACUUGGAAGUAUAAUCAAUGGCUUUGCCUUACCAUUAAAAGAGGAGCACAAGAUUUUUCUGUUGAAGGUGCUUCUGCCUUUGCACAAAGUGAAGUCACUCAGUGUCUACCACCCACAGUUGGCAUAUUGUGUGGUGCAAUUUCUGGAGAAGGACAGCACACUUACUGAGCCGGUUGUGAUGGCCCUUCUCAAGUACUGGCCAAAGACCCACAGCCCAAAGGAGGUGAUGUUCCUCAACGAGCUGGAGGAGAUCUUGGACGUCAUCGAGCCCUCGGAGUUCGUCAAGGUCAUGGAGCCCUUGUUCCGACAGCUGGCCAAGUGUGUAUCGAGUCCGCACUUUCAGGUCGCAGAGAGAGCACUCUACUACUGGAACAACGAAUACAUCAUGAGUCUGAUCAGCGACAAUGCCGCCAAGAUCCUCCCCAUCAUGUUCCCUGCCCUCUAUCGCAACUCGAAGACCCACUGGAACAAGACCAUCCAUGGCUUAAUUUACAACGCUCUGAAGCUCUUCAUGGAGAUGAACCAGAAACUCUUUGAUGACUGCACGCAGCAAUUCAGGGCAGAGAAAAACAAGGAAAAGUUAAAGUUGAAAGAGAGGGAGGAAGCCUGGAUCAAGAUUGAGAAUCUUGCCAAAACAAACCCACAGUUCCUUAUGUAUGUUGAUUCCUCUGGCCACAGUAGUCCCGUAGAAAUGGAGACUGAUGGUCCUUUUAUAGAAGAUGUUCAGAUGUUAAAAAAGACUGUAGCGGAUGAAGCCAUUCAGAUCCAGAGAGACCAGCGAAAAGACCGGCCACUGGUGCGCCGCAAGUCCGAUCUGCCUCAGGAUAUGUUCACCACGAAAGCCUUGGAGUCCCAUCGCCGUGCUGACGAAAUGCUGACCACUCACGACGGCCAGUAGCUGUCCAGCCCUGUCUCUCCCAUCUCUUCUCCCAGUCCACGUCCAUGUGUCCCCCCCUGCCCCCCCGUCCUCCCCCUGGAGCCAGCUCCUCCCCCCACCUGUGCCCAGCGAAGCUGGCGUUCAGCAUUGGAACAUAAGCAGCACAAUGUCCCUGCCCCCUUUGCCCUGUACCUAAAGAAAAAACUAGUUUGUCUUUCUCAGGUUUUUAUUUUGUUUUUAAGUUUAGGAAAGGACUGGGUUGCAUCUCUCCCUCCCCCCCACUCUUUCUUUCUCUCUUUCUGUCACUCUCUCUUGCUCUGUGACCUCCCUGUUCCCCCCUUCAUCUUUUCCUCCACCUUAUCAGUUCCUCCACCUCCCUCCCAGUGUCCUCCCUCUGGGCAUCACGUGGCGUACUGUAUAUGCCAUAUUGCUCUCCCCUUCCCUCCAUCCUCUCCUGUGCGUUCAUCUGAGAAACACGGCGACAGAAGCUCCCGCCGGUAGCAUCUCCUCUCCCUCUCGGCGGGACGCAAGGAGGGGCCAGAAUGCAGAUCGAGUGGAAGCCAACCUGUUUCCUCGUUCUCUGCCCAAAGGGAACAAAGUAGGGACUUGGGACUGUUUGGAGAGGGAAUUCUGAUUUAUUAUUUCCAUUUUGUUUUCUCUAUUUUGUUUCCUUUCUUUCACUCUCUUUCUUUCUCAAUCCCAGAAAUGUUGCCAGUGCCAACACCUUUUAUUUUCGAGACCAUUCUGUCACUAUGUAAAUGUUGUGUGGGUGUGUGUGUGUGUGGUGUGUGGUGUGUAUGUGUGUGUGUGUGUGUGUGUGUGUCUGUGUGGAUUUCUAUGCUGUCAAUCAGGUGUGGCUCCGGGGGGUAAAGGGGUGGAGUGUGGUCUGCCUUGUGUCUCUCGCCAUUAAUAUCUUUGAUUCUAAAAUGUGUUCAAAGUCUGGUCUGAUAGAAGCGGGAAUUAAGGGCUGGAAGGUUUUCUUUCUCUCUCUGAGAAAAGGGGGGGAUGCGAUAUACUGUGGAGUCUCAGUGUAGAUCCACUUUCUUUUUUUCUUUUUUUUUUUGGUGCCAUGACAGAAAAAAAGCUCACAGCUUUUAUGUACCCAUACUUUUUUCCAGGGUUGUUUUCCUUUUUCCCCUCGUUGGCAAUAUGCUCACCGUGGCAUGGUGGGAUAUUGACGGUUCAAACAAUGGUACUCUUCUUUCAAACGGAGACACAGGACUAGUGUCAGGUGGCAAAGUGGCACAGCAGCAGCGCCCAUAGUGCUUUAGCUGGCGUGGGGUGCUGCGUACCGAGCACAGCUCCCAUCUGUCUCGGAUCCACCUCGCUCGUCUGUGCUCUAUCCAUCUCCAAUAUUGCUGCUGUGUAGCCUACUCUACAUUCCCUCGUCUUUGCACUUUUCUCUCUCAACUCUUUUCUUGACACACGCACACACACACACGCUCUCUCUCACACACACACACACACACACACACCUGUAGUCCUCAUCUGUCUUUGUUUAGUAGACUGCCAUCUGCACAUGUUGGCUUCAGGCCGCAUCAGUGGACUAUGCUGUAGUACAGUAUACAUCUGAAGCUCAAGGUGGAGGAGGUGGAAAUCUGGCUCUCAUGUGAGUGGAAGGCUUUAGACGGUUACGCUUGUGUGAAAUGUGUAAACCAGAGCAGCUCUUAAAAGGCCAAGCUCUCAGUGCAUGCACAGUGCAGGUUGCCCCGACCAGCAAAAGUCUCAACAAGUUGCGUCAUGUACUCUUGUGUAAUAGUGACAGUCAAAGGUGACAUUGGCUAUCAGCUGCAUGGCGACGUAUGAUGCCAGUUGGACGCAGUGGUCAUUUAGGAUGUCAGACAUUCAGGAACACACCAUCUUGAUUAACAACAACACAACACAAAACAAACACUUGACCAGUGAGCUGUCUCGUUCUCUCUUUCCAGUCCCCAGUCACAACCAACUAGAGAGGGCCUAACCCUGCAUUGAUUCAACAUCUUGUAUCGUUCACCCCAACUGCCCUCUCUCCCAUGGCUUCUGUAGCUCUCUCACUCUCUCUCUCUCUUUCUCUCUCCUUCUCUCUAUGCGUCUCUGUCUUGCUCCUUCUCACUCAGCACUUCGCUGUGGAAUGGAAAGGACUGUUAUUUUGUUACAUACAAAUGAGAGGUGCACAAAAAAAGCCCCUCUUCAUUUUCAAAGAUACGUUAGUGCCUUUCUAUUACCAAUGUAGGAGAAUUUAAACACAUGAAAUCCAUCCGCUGGAUAGAGGAGAGAACAGGAGGGUUUGGCAAACAAGGCACUAUUUGCUAAUUCCCUAUACGAUGUCAUUCUCUGUUCUCUUGCACAGGUAUUUAUGGCAAAUAAGCAUUAUUGAGACAUGGGCAUGUUCACCUACAAAUAUACUAGUGAGGCUGACAAAUUGAUUGUCGCUAUAUUUUAAUCUCUCUCAAGAAAUAGAAAUAGAAAAGAUCAUAAAUACAUGACCGUUAGAGAUCUCCACAGAUGAAACAGUCUAAUGAACUACCUAGAAGCACUUCCUGAAAACUUGAAAGAUUUUAACGUUUUUCUUUCUUUUUCUUUCUUUCUUUUUGGUCAAAUAGGCAGGUUUUGUCAUCAGUCGUGAAUCUAUGUAUGUAUCCUCCCAGCAUGAAUACAUGAGUAUAAAACCCUAAACUUAUGAGGAUGAUGUUAAUAUAUCUUUUUUUUCCAGUGAAAGUGUCUUUCCGUACCAUUGUUUGAACUUCCACACAUGAGGAUGUUCAGUAUGCUUCUUAUGGCCUCUGCCUCUCUCUCUCUCUCUGUCUGUCUCUCUCUCUCUCUCUCUCUCUCUGUCUCUCUCUCUCUCUCUCUCUCUCACUAUCUCUCGUGUAAGAGUUGUGUUAAUAUUUGCUUGGAUGUUAUCAAUGUAAUGGUGACUACUACUAACCCCCCCUCAACCCCCUUGAAAAAAAAAAGAGCGAAGACCGAAGGAAAAACUUUCACCAAAUUGUUAUUUUAACCCUAAAGAAUGCCAGGUGGUGUUGUAUGGUGAUUUUGAUUAUGUGGGAAAAUGUUGGUUUUCAUUUUGUUUGUGUGUUCGAAAUCUGUUCUGCUAACUUUAGCUUCUCAGAUAAGACUGAAAUAAUAUAUUGUUUGAAUUAUAGAAAGAAGAAAUAACAUUUUGGUGACUUUUUUUCUGCAGUCACUGGUUCUUCACUGUAAUAAUUGCAGGUUUUCAUUUCUGCAUAAGCUUUCCAAAAUAUUAUAACAUGACAAGUGUCCUUUCAUAUUACCUGUAUUAUACAACUUCAUUUAUUAUUGUAUAUAUUAAAUACUUUGUUUUACGUAGUGUUAUAUAUCUAGAUUAAUUUGUACAAAUGGUCUCAUGUACAGAGUCAAACAUAAAUAGCAACUGCAGAACACUUGGAAUGUGGCACAAACCUUUUUUCCAUUUCUCUGUAACUGUCUACAUCAGGAAAAUGACUAUAAUAUUUUUAAAUCAGUUUGUAACUCUACAAAAAAUUGUUUGUUUGACCAUUCUUAUGUCUGUGGCAAGAUUUUAUUCAUUAGCCUUUCAUUGUGUGCUUUUCUCCAACCUAAAGUGGUGUACUAUAUAGAAUGAAUAAAGAGAGUAUGUGGAUUUAUAUUUUCAUCCAAAAGCA